AUGUUUAACUGUGGUAAGUGUCCUGCGGUAUUCAGCCGAAAGUAUAAUUUGGAUAGACACGAGAAAACGCAUAAUGCAGUCCGCCUCUCUUGUCCAUCUUGCAUUUUAGCAUUUUCCGACAAGUCUAACUUGGCGCGCCAUAUGAAGAUCAAACAUGGUAUUGCUCGUAUACCUACAGUACACUAUAAUGAGGAAGUUGUUCCUCCACUCCACAGUGUAUCCGUCAUUCAACCAGAACCAAUGACCGUCAGUCGAAUAAUUCCAGACGGAUACAUAGAGCUUGCUCCGCAAAUACUUGUACCAGACACUCCAGCUGGUCCAUCUAGCAGUAGUCAAGUCAUGCGGGAAUCAGCUAUUCUCCCAGUACGCGAAAACGAGCAAUGGCUUGAUGAUGAAGCGAGCGACGAAAUAUGUGUACCUAUAACCAGGUAA